AUCCCUCGCUUGUUGCAAACGCACCUUCCAGUGCUCAUUGUCAUGGCAUAGCAUGACGUAUAGGUGACAAUAUUUUUUUUUCAAGGCAAAUUGGAAAGAUGUCAUCGUUUGUGGAGUUUAGUGAACGGGAUACGUGAUAGUUGUCAAUAUUGUUAUAAAAAAAAAAAGUGUUAUAUUCCAAAAUCAAAGAAUAUUGUACGCGUUAUUGUGUUAUUAUUUUUUUUAUUCUCGUCGCAGCGCGAAUGACAGAUCAAGUUUACACCUGCGGAUGUGGUUUUCGUCGAAAGAGGACGACAAUUGUCCGACGACGACGAAAUGAAAAAGUUUACAUUUAAGUCAGUACUCGAUAAUUUUCGUUCGUCGGUCGCUCAGCAGGCAAAGCCCGAGCAGGAAAUUGUUGAAAAUUUACGCGCUGAGAAUUUUCAACUUAAAAAAACAUUCAGGCAUGGUUUCCCCUAUCAACCAACUGCACUUGCAUUUGAUCCAGUACAAAAAUUACUUGCAAUUGGCACUAAAUCGGGAUCCCUACAAAUUUUGGGACGACCUGGUGUCGAUAUUAAUGUAUCGCAUGAUAAUUAUGCCGCCGUGACACAACUUCAAUUUAUAAUAAAUGAAGGUUCACUUAUCUCCGCAACGGCAGACGACGCACUCCAUUUAUGGAGCUUCCGACAAAAAAUACCGCAAAUUGUUCAGAGUUUAAAAUUUAAUAGUGAACGUAUAACAUGCAUGCAUCUUCCAUUGCAAAGCAAGUGGUUAUAUAUUGGUACGGAACGUGGGAAUAUUUAUUUUCUACACGUGGAGACAUUUGUUAUAUCGGGAUAUGUUAUUAAUUGGAAUAAGGCAAUAGAAGUUACACGAAAAACACAUCCGGGAGCUGUUGUACAUUUAAGUGAUCAUCCAUUGGAUUUGGGGAAAAUUUUAAUAGGUUAUGAAUCGGGACAAGUUGUUUCUUGGGAUCUUAAGGGUAAAAUAGCGGAAUUUCGUUGUCAGACAGAUAAACCCCUUAGAUCAAUAUCGUGGCAUCAUGAGGGUAAACAGUUUAUGUGCAGUCACACGGACGGCUCACUUUCGACGUGGACUCUUCGUCAGGCAAAACCGACGAAUCUUACAUUUCCACAUGCAAAAGUUCUCAAGGAUGGGGAACCUGAACCAUGCAGGACUAUUCAAAAAGUCGAAUGGAAAAUAUCAAAGUCAAGUGAGUCAUUUAUUGUGUUUACAGGUGGUUUGCCAGUGGAGACAACUGGAAGAACUCCAAGCAUCACGGUCAUUCAGGGCAAGACCACAACUGUCCUCGAAAUGGAGCACAAUGUUGUGGAUUUUAUAACAUUGUGUGAAAGUCCCUGGACGACUGAUUGUCAAGAACCAUAUGCAGUGGCAGUAUUAUUGCAAAGUGAUUUUGUCGUGAUAGAUUUAUUGAGCCCUGGAUUUCCCUGUAUUGAAAAUCCCUAUCCAAUGGACAUUCAUGAAUCUGCUGUUACUUGUUGCGCAUAUUUUGCCGACUGUCCUCCAGAUCUUGUGCCCGCUUUUUAUUCAGUUGGAUCAAAAUAUCAAAAACGUAGUGGUUUCAGCGAAAAAGAUUGGCCAAUAUGCGGCGGUGAAUGGAAACCAAAUUCAAGUAGUUACAGUGAGAUUAUACUCACGGGACAUGCGGAUGGGAGUAUUAAAUUUUGGGACGCAUCGGCGGGUACAUUGCAAGUUCUUUAUAAGCUCAAAAUAUCGAAAUUAUUUGAGAAAAGUAAAUCGAGAAGUAUAGAGGGCGAGGAGGAUCCAUUGGCAAUUCAAAUGAUAUUUCUUUGUCCGGAAAGUAGGAAAUUGGCAGCGGCAACCGUUGGUCGUCAUGUGAUUUUGUUCAAGUUUAAAAAAAUUGAGAGUACCUCGGAGGUUGUGAUUUUAGACAUAAGUUUUGAAGAUAAGGACCUGGCACUGGAGUCUGGAGUUUAUAUGGGAUCGCCAGUUAAGGAGACAAACCCUCUUUUGGACGAUAGGGCAAAAGAUGGUGAAGGGCCAUUGAGAGUGAAAACGGGAAUGCAAAAACGAGCACCUGGAUUUCAGGCGAGCCUCAUUUGUGUGACCCUCGGGCCGGACGGAGAGCAGACUGAGUACAUUUCAGCCUUGAGCCUAAACUCCUCGUACGGUUUGCUCUCUUAUGGUAACGAGUCGGGUCUUGUUGUUAUCGACAUUGUACAAAAAGUGUCCCUCCUCGUAGUGAGUACAAGUGAUCUUGGUAUGUCGGUUGAUUCAAGUCGAAUACUACGUAGUCCAAAAAAGCAGGACGAAAGACGCGAUGAAGAUCGAAUUCGAAGUCCUAGUGCCGAUACAAAUCAAGUGAAUUUCACAGUCUUCCCGGAAAAUAAAACAGAGGCAGAUAGAUUUGAGAGCUCGUUGCAACGUUCACCGAGUUCAAGUAUGUCGUCCUUGGAGAACAUUUCCCAUGAAACCAUCAGCUGCCUUAUAUUUGCCGAUUCCUACACGAAAAAAGAUUCCAUUGCCUUACCGACAUUAUGGAUUGGCACGACUCUGGGCUCGGUGCAGCCCAUCAUGUUCAACAUGCCUACCUCAGGUGAGAGACUCGCACAACCUGUGAUUAUUCCUACUUCCAAACUAGGAGGCACGACCUUCAAAUUGAAAGGCGCCAUCUUGACGAUGUCGUUUUUGGAUUGUAAUGGAGCGUUGAUGCCCUACUCGUACGACUCUUGGAAGGAUGACAAUACUGAAAGUAGUCGAGAUCGAAGCAAGAGCCGGGGAAACCUGGCAAACACGAGACUUCCCUCGUUCGCGAGCCCAGGAUUUGAAGAUAGGCAAUUUGUUGUUAUUGCCUCGGAGAAACAGGCCAAGGUCAUUGCUCUUCCCUCGCAGAAUUGUGUCUAUGGACAGCAAUUGGCUACCACGAACAUUGUUGUCAAGGCGGAGAUAACAUCGUUAAAGGACAGUGUCUGUCUUGUUUGUUACGUUUCCAAUGGCCAUGUAACUAGCUACAGUCUGCCGAGUUUAAGGCUUCUCAUAGAUGUAGAUUUUCUACCGUUGACGAAUCUCAGAAUUGUGAAAACCCUCUGCUUCAGUAACAGGGGCCACGGCUUGUAUCUUUCAUCGCCAUCUGAAAUUCAAGAAUUCACUGUCUCCAGUGAUUAUUGUGGCGAAAUAACGGACAUGACUGGUGAUUUAUUUCUCACUCAGGAAAUGCCCGAACAGCCAAAGGAGAGUUUCUUUAAAGAAUUAUUUAGAGGUGGCUCCAAGAGUCUCGAUAGAGAGGAAUUAUUUGGCGAAUCAAGUGGAAGAUCCUCCAAAUCAUUGGUGAAACAUAUGGUUGGACCAAAUGCAAGUGUUGAGAAUUUACGCGAGAGAGCAUCAACUGCCACUAGUGAUGUUGCAAAGGCCCAUCAAAUGGUGAUGGAGAGAGGUGAAAAAUUAGGUGAACUCGAAGAAAGAACAGCAAGAAUGAUGAACGAGGCAGAAGGAUUUUCUCAAUCAGCUCAUGGAUUGAUGCUCAAAUACAAGGAUAGAAAGUGGUAUCAACUGUGAGAAUACGAUGUUUUUCAUAUAUUAAUAUAUGGGUGUGUUCUAAUCGCAUUUCCAAUUUCAAAAAUUGUUUUUUGGUAAUGUUUGCGACCACCUGACUCUCUACCUACCCCCACCACCCUAAAUUUAAAAAAAAAACACGUUCUGUAACUGUUAUUCUGGUGACAUAACUGUUGUAGAACAUGUAAAAUUGUAGCUAUUCCGUAACCGUGUUACAUAAAUGUUAUAGAACUUGAGUGUAACAAAGUUUACGUGCGUGCGUCCCCGCCUGACGCCGCCAGUUCCCGCCAUUUUAACGAAUCGAAUCAAAAAAAAAAAAAAAAAAAACGAUUCUGGAUUUCUUGUAGAUUUAUUUUAGUUGUAAAAGUGCUCUAACAAUUUUCAAGGAUUCUUUGAUAUUUCAACUUGGAAAGAGAUAACGAGGAAAAACGGAGAAAGGACAAUUUAUUCGGCUCUGCUUGAAAAAGACAAUGAGAAUUAAAACUGUAGAAUUCGUCGACAGCUAUCUUGAAAUACGACCAAUCCUGGGAAAAUAAGAUGAAAAGAAUUUAUUUUGAAGAACUCUUAAGACUAUUAAAAAAAAAAAAAAAAAAAAUUGAAGAAAAUUUUUCUGAGAGUGCUGUUGUAGGCAAAUAGAAGUAGUUAUUGAGUCAUUUGUGGGAACUGGCUAGUGAUGACAAUAGUGGGAUUGUAGCUGUACCAAAGUCGAUUUUGGAGGACUCGUAAAAUCGAGAUCACUCGUAAGGCUGCAUUUACAGAUAUAUAAGAUUCCACGGAUCCAGGUUUUCAACUUUCUUCAGUUAUUAGUGGAAGCGAUACGGAUAUCAAGUUUACAGGAUCGUUCUACACGAUAGACUGAUAAUUAUAAGACAAUUUUUUCUCAAAAGACUUACUUCUUCAAACAAAAAAAAAAAAAAUUAAUAAUAAACAAAUAAAUAAAUAAUGAAAUAAUAAUAAUAAAUCCUACGCUUGUGAAACAAGUGCUAGUUAGGAUGUUUCUGUUUUCCUACUUUUGGUCGAAUUUGUUUCUACAUGUGCGAAGCAUCGACGAAUUUUCUUAUAACUUUAUCGAGCUUCAACGUGUGUAUUUCUCGUUCUCUGACCUAUCAAAAAUUAACGUAGAAUUAUCUAAAAGGACCUAACUCCUCAUAUCAGAAACUCUGCCAGUAUUACCAACACGAGACGUUCACUAGCCUUUUGAAGACAUUCUCCUAAUAUUAUGGUGUCUCAAAGUGGCCUCUUCCAAUUUUCCGGACCGCGGACCGGCAAAGAUCAAACCUUACUCAGGAAUCUUUCAACUGGUAUGCUGGCUGGUCUCAAAAUGAACAGUUAAAAAACAAAGAAUUUUUCAAUUUAUCGUAAUUAUAGUCUCUGUGAAGUCAGAAAAAAAAAUGGCGGCAAUUGUGAAGAAGCACAUGUUUCACUGAAUAUCACACACAAAUGAAAAAAAAAAAUAAUAAAUUAAAAACAUUAGGUGCUCCAAGUAUUAAAUUGAGACCAGCCGACUCGUUUAACGCAUCCGAGUAUAAUAUUUUAAUAUUUUAAUCGCACAAAAAAAAAUCCAACACACGUUGUUGGAAUUCUCAGCGAAGCACAAACUCGGAUAAAAUGAAUGGUGGGCGACAUGUGUCGAAUUCCUGUUUUUAUUCUCAGGGUGUCUUUGACUCUAUUGAGAAAACUGUUAAAAGAAAGUCAUGUUUGUUAUAGAUAUGUGUGUGAAGUUUUCAAAUUUCCAAUAUUGAAAGUCAAUAGAUUCAAAUAGGGUUCCUGUGUGUCUCCGGCUUGAUAAGAUCACGGAUCAAACAUGAAUCUUCACUCAGGAAAUUUUAGCGAAAUGCCGGCUGGUCUCAAAAAAAAAAAAAAAAAAAAAAAAUAAUAAUAAAAUAAAAAAAUUCGUCAUUUUUAAGAUAAAAAGCGUAUACAUACAUGUAUGUAUAUGCAGUUAUAGUACGCCAAUUUUAAAACAAGCGUAGUAGGGCGUCUUAACACGUUCACCAACGCGACAUUUCGGUAGGUGUCUUUUCAAGUGGCAUGUACCCGGUUGGUUUCCACAAAAAAAAAAAAAAAAAAAAAAAAUACGCGCAAAAAAAGUAAAGAAAAGGGGAUUUUUCUCUUCCACGUCAGGUACAAGCCGCCAUGGUGAACGUGUUGACUUUUUAAAAUGAAUUGUUAAAUAAGUGCAAUAUUUAAAUUGUUAUUAGAUAAGAUUAUUUAAAUUGUUAUGUGAUUGCAUUAUUUAACUUGUUAGGCAAUUGCAUAAUAAAGUCAUUUCCAAUUGGAAGUAAAUGAUUUAUUAUUUUCAACUGAAAUUAUGGGACUCAUGAAUUAGUUAUAAAAAUCAUUAUUUGAAAUUUUCAUUUGAUAGAAAUUCAUUUAAUAUAAUUUUCAUUGAGUCGAAUUUUAUUUAUUCAAAUUAUUAUUUUGCGUAUUAUUUUCAUUAAAACGAUUUUCUAUUUUACAGAAUUUUUAUACAACUGAAAAUUUAAUUCACAGAAAUUUUAACUGUUUGAAUUUUCAUUUGUCAGAUUUUUUAUGCUGCUUGAAUUUUCAUCUAACAUAACAGCCAUUUUUAUUAAUUUUUAUUAGGUAGAAUUUUAUUGCAUAUAAUUUUCUUUUAGGCGAAUUUGUAUUUGUUCGAAUUUUCAUUUGAUAAAAUUUUCAUAAUAACCGAUUUUUCAUUCUACACAAUUUAUACUUAACCGAAAAACAAGUGAAAAAUUACAGAAUUUUUAAUUGGUAUAAUUUUCAUUUUGCCCGAAAUUUUAAAUGUCCGAACAAACAAUCGACAGUAAGAUUUCGACGCAAUUUUUAAAAUUGACCAAUCACGAAUUUCUUGCUAAUUUCUGAUUGGUCAAUUUUAAAAAUUGCGCCGAAAUAUUUUUGUAGGUUAUGUUUUUUCGGUCAUUUGCAAUUUCGGAUAAAUGAAGAUUUUAUCAAUUAGAAAUUCUGUUGAAUGGUUUUUUGAUUAAGUAUAAAUUGUAUAGUAUGAAAAAUCGGUUAUUAUGGAAAUUCUAUCAAAUUAAAAUUCGAAAAAUUGAAAAUUGGCUUAAAAAAAAAUUCUAUGCAAUUAAAUUCUACUUAAUAAAAAUUCAUUAAAAUGGCAUUUUUUAAACUCAUUUAUUAAAUAAUAAAUUUUUAAGAAAAAAAUUUAUUAAAUAAUAAUUAAAUAAAAAUAAUAAUGUUAAAUAAAAAUUCGAGCGAAUAAAAAUUCUGACAAAUCAAAAUUCUGUGAAGUGAAUUUUCAGUUGUAUAAAAAUUCUGUAAAAUAGAAAAUCGGUUUAAUGAAAAUUCUAAUGCAAAAUAAUAAUAAUACGAAUAAAAUUCGACUCAAUGAGAAUUCUAUCUAAUAAAAUUGUAUUAAAUGAAAAAUCUAUCUAUUCAUUUUUAGAACUUAUUCAUGCAUUCCGAAAUUAUAUUGAUGGGUUACUUUAACAACCUAGUCAUUCCUAUUAUUGUUUAAUUAAUCUUUGUACUUUAAUGAAUUGCUAGUCUGCUCAGUUUUUUUCUGUCUGUUAAUAUUAUUGUUAUUAUUAUUUUAUUAUAAAUUUAAAUUAACCGGUUUAUUAAUUAAUCGAACAAUUAAUAAAUUAACCGACCAAUUAAUAAAUUAGUUGAUUAACAAAAUUAAUUGAAUGUGCGCUUAAAGGAUUAAAACACUUAAUGGUUGAUAAAAAAAAAAAAAGAAAGGAGAAAUACUGACUUUAGUCGUAUUAACGGAUAAACGUUGUGAUUAUAUUGUAGAAAAUAAUUAGAUAAAAAAAAAUAAUAAUUUUGUUGAAAAAUUGUUUAUGAAAAAAAAUCGUUCUAACGAGAAUUUUAGAAAGAAACAUUUGAAGAUAAAUUUUCAAUCUAAGAUUACUGUAUGCUUUUCGGCUGUAAUAGAGAAUUUAGUAGUUGGGGAAAAAAAGAUUAGUCAUGAUGAUAGAUUUUAUUAAGAAUUUUUGAUUUUAAAAUAUUAAAAAAUGAAAUGAAGGUUCAAUCACAUUCCGCUUACAUCGCGUCUCCAUAUUUCUACCUGAAUUAGUCCUUUGGACUCUUGUUGUCAGUAUCCUGUCCUCGCAAUAUUGGUCUGAUAUUUUUCAGACCCAUCAGAGAGGCAUCUAUUUAGUUACCUAUUUCGGGAUUAGUCUAUGGUAGUUGCCAAUAUUUAUAGUAGUAAAUUAGAUGUAGUGCCAUUUACUUGCAUAGACAAUUUUAUCUUAAAUCAUGAAACAGUUGCAAAAAAAAAACAAAAAAAAAAAACAAACAAUGUAUAAACAAUAUAUUGUUUAUAUAUAAUAUAUUGUUAAUAUUGUAAUGUAAUAUUGUUAAUAUUGUAUAUAAUAUAUUGUUAAUAUAUAAACAAUAUAAAAUGUA